UGAAACAUUUUGAGAUGUUCAGGUGGAAGUGUUUUGCAGUGAAUUGCAUACAAUAGUACAGGUGUACCUAAUAAAGUGGCCUGUAUAUAUGCUAUACUAAUAAUUUAUGUGUCUGCAGGGGUGAAGGGUCAGGCAAUCUGUUAGUGUUGAGAGACAUCCUCAUCACUUACGCUGCUUUUCAUCCAGAGGUCAGUUAUGCCCAGGGAAUGAAUGACCUGUGCAGCAGGUUCCUGGAGGUUCUUCACUCGGAGGCCGACACUUUCUGGAGUUUCUCCUGCUACAUGGAGAAGUUCUCCAAGGACUUCAGGGCUGAUGGUCUGCACAGAAAACUAGAGUUGGAAGCAGCCCUUCUGAAGGAACUGGAUCCACAGCUCUAUGCUCACUUAUCCACAGACAGCAUGGAGAGCUUCACCUUCUGCCACAGGUGGCUGCUGCUGGGUUUCCAGAGAGAGUUUGAACACAGUGACGCGCUACAUCUGUUCGAGAUCUUGAGCUGUGACCACCUGGAGUUCGUCUUCCAACAAGCAGACAGCGCUCAUUAUGAGGAACGGCUGGCACGAAAAUACAGGGCAGAUGGUAGUAUUGGGUCAGAGCUGCAGACGAUCAACACUGACUUCACCUUUGAGCUCUUCAUCUGUACAGCCAUCCUGGUAGAGAACAGAGAGUCUCUGCUGCAGUGCCGAGAUGAUGCCCAGCUGAUCCAGUUUACUAGCAGCCUUCAGGGAACACUGGACCUGAACAGCACACUGAAGAAAGCAGAGCACCAUUUCUACAACUACUGCAGGCGCUGUGCUUGGGGCUAUAUGAAUGGGCAGUGCAGAGCACACAAGAGCAGAGAACAGGACUUUCUUUAUCCGCAGUUUAUUUGUUUUAAAGUGAUAGCUACUAUUUAAAUACCUGAUGUCAAAGACUCAUAAAAUGAUUAUGUAACAAGGGACAUACAAGCCCUCUCUGGAGUUCUGAUGGCACAUAUUCUUUGUCUUAGUUUUCACUGCUGAG